GGCAGCACAGGAAGAGGAACUCGGUGUGCCUCGCUGCAGGGACGGGCCCUGCUCCUGACCCGUGCCGGACAGUGCUGGCUGGCGAGGGAGAGAGCCGCUCCCUCGGGCAGCAGCUGCUGGAUGAGCUCUGGAUGCCAGCAGGAGCAGAGUCAACAGUAAGUGCAGCUCUAAGAUGAAACCUCCAUCUGGGCAAGGCAUAAGGCUGGCAUACCUUCUCCUGAGUCUGGCUUCCCUCUGCCUUCCCACCCCUCUCUGGAAGGACCGGGACUCCCUGAUGCAGGAGGAGAAAGCCCAUCAGACAGGUGGCAACUUGGUGCUGAGUAGGCAGGAGCAGCAGCUCAGCACUAAGCUCGUAAACCUCAAGGAGAAGGAAGUGGAAGCAGCCAUAACUACGGGACAGUUUCCUCCAAGCAUGCACUUCUUCCGGGCAAAGAGCCUCAUUGAUCAGAGCACGGUGUUCAGCAUCUUGAAGCGCAUGCCAAAAGGUGCUGUCCUCCACCUGCACGACUACGCCAUGCUGAGCGUGGGCUGGCUGGUGUACAAUGCCUCCUACCUCCCCGACUGCUACAUCUGCUUCACCCACACGGGCUCCGUGCGCUUCCGCUUCUCCAAGCCGAGCCCUCCCCACCCUCUGCCGGCCCAGUGCUCCCAGUGGCUUCUGCUGGAGACCUACCGGAGACAGCUGAGCAACGUGACUGAGUUUGACAGAGGCUUGCUGAGAAACCUGACCCUGGUGACAGAUGCCCCUGAGCUGGCCUACCCCUCUCAGGCUUUCAUUUGGAAAAGAUUUGAAGAAAUCUUUCUCACUGCCUCUGGACUUAUCUGCUAUGCACCUGUGUUCAAGGCCUAUUUCUACCAGGGGCUGCUGGAGCUCUAUGAAGAUAACAUACAGUAUGUCGAGAUAAGAGCUAUCCUGCCCGCGGUGUAUGAGCUGGAUGGCACCCGGCACAACAAAUCGUGGUCUGUGGCAACCUACCGGGAAGUGACCAGGCAGUUUGUGAAGGAGCACCCAGACUUUGUUGGAGCCAAGAUUAUAUUUGCAGCGCACAGGAUGCUGAAUGUUUCCCAGAUUAAAGAAGCCAUCGUCACUGCCAUGGCACUCAGAGCCCGCUUCCCAGACACCCUGGCAGGCUUCGACCUGGUUGGUAAUGAGGAUGAAGGUCAUUCUUUAUGGGACCUGAAGGAUGCCCUGACCAUCCCAUAUUCCAUGGGGGUCAACUUGCCGUACUUCUUCCAUGCUGGGGAGACUGACUGGCAGGGCACCUCUGUUGACAAUAAUGUGCUGGAUGCAUUGCUACUGAAUACCAGCAGGAUUGGCCAUGGACUUGCUCUCACUAAACACCCAGUAGCCAAAAGUUUAUCUCUGAAGAAGGAUAUUCCUGUAGAAGUCUGUCCCAUCUCCAACCAGGUCCUGCUGCUGGUAGCUGACUUGAGGAGUCACCCCGCAGCUGACCUCAUGGCUGAGGGGCACCCCAUUGUGAUCAGCCCCGAUGAUCCCCCUAUCUUUGGGGCAAAGGGGGUCUCCUAUGACUUCUACGAGGUGUUCAUGGCCAUCGGAGGGAUGAAUGCUGACCUGAGGACCCUGAAACAACUUGCACUCAACUCCAUAAAAUACAGUGCCAUGCUACCGGAUGAGAAAGCCAAGGCCAAAGAGGUCUGGCAGAAAAAAUGGGACCAAUUUGUGGCUGACCUCUCUGAUAGCUUUCUAAGGCAGCUGUAGAGAGGACAAGGCUCAUCUCAGAAGGCAUUUGGCAAGCUAGAGUGAGCCAGACUGAUUGCUAAGAGGGAGACUGCUUCUUCCAUGUGACCUGAGCAGAUGAACGGAUGUCAAAGUCUCACCUGGCAGUGGAUGACUCUGGUAAGCCAGGCUUAAUGGGCUUAAAGCUAAGAGUCAGCUGCACCAUCCUGUGAAAGUCAUGGACUGGAGGUAAAAGGGAGCAGUGAGCCUUUGUAGCACCCACAAGAAAUCCCCCCUCUCAAAAGAGUCAAAACAAUUAAAAAUUGCCAAUGACCAAACCCCGACAUCCUUAUUCAGGAAAAACACGCUUUCCAAUUAGAGUCAGCAGGAGGUUGCCAACACGAGGAUCUCUGAAUUUUGCCUUAUCAUUACAAAAUGCAGACCUUGUCCGGAAGCAGCUAAGACAAACAUCCAACCAUUUGGGCCACUGACCUUCAAGAGAGCAAGGACUGAAAAUGACUCUUGUUAUGUUUAACCCUGGGCCUGCUGCCAAAAUAGCACUGCUAGGUCGAAGAACCAGUCAUAGGUCUGGUGGCUGCUAUUUCAGGACCUACCAUGGCUGCAAACAAGCUGGUGGAACUUGCUCCCAGAACAUUUAAGCCUGGUUGCACAGUGAUCGUAAAGCCAGAAAAGAGGUGCCUCAGUUGCCAGCAGUUUUUUUACUAUGAAGUCUUUUCCUGUCCUCUGGUCAAAAGGAAGACAAAACACAUUUCAGGUUAAGUCAAAAACAUCCUGGCUUCCCAGACCCAGCUUGAUUAGAACUAUCCCCCCGCACAAGGCCAUGUUAACACAGGCAUUUAUAGGAAACACCUUUUGGUUUCAAGGGGUUCCACUACCAGCCUUUGUUGCCCAACUCAUCAUGCAAAUGGGGCCUUAUUCAGCCUGUCAGAGAGAUUUUCACCUUGGUAAAGAACUGCUGAGGAUAUCCACAGUGCUCAAUUGGACCUCUGUGGUUUCCAGCUCCUUGGCAAAAAACUAAAACUACACAAGAAAUAGUCUCUAGACAAGCAGAUUCACUUUCUUAACAUCAUCAUCAUCCAAAAAAACCAAAAAAUCUUAAUCAGGUUGCUAAAUAUAUUCAGAAAAACCCUUAAGCACACCUACCCUAAGCAUGCAGCCAGGAUCAAACAGCAUCUUUCCCUGACUUCAGUACAAUUAUGCUGGUUUGCAUCAGCCAAGGAAGACUUGACAAAAGUUCCUACUGAAAGACAUCUCCCUCCUCUGAACCGCAGACUUGCAAAGACUGUUUUGUUUCCUAAUCUGACCAGCCUGGGCCAAUUGGCUCUCUUUAUGCUUUCUGUUAAUUGUCUCAAGCUGCCUGGCCAUAGUGUUUAUUUCCACUGACCUUGGCCAGAACACCUUAGCAGGAGGCAAAUGCACUUAUUACAGAAGUGGAUCAGGCUGCACAGCCUGCAUGCCCUGUGUUAAAUUGCCCACAGUUCACAGGCUGCAACUUCAACUCUGGUUAUCCCAGAGGAAAAAAACCCAACCAAACCGAACACACUACAAACCCCAUCACAGAACACAAAUAAAAUCACAACAAGCCACACAUGUGUGCAUUGCAGAAGGCAGCAGCGCAAACCCCAGAAAUGAAACAGUGAGUACCCAGCCGCACACACCCCUUGCUCACUGGGGGGGUUGAAGUGCCUCACACCCCCAGCCCUUUUCAGCCACAGCUGUCUCUACUCCAGUUCUCUCUGCUCACACCCCCAACAUCUUUCUCUGAAGCAUUCUGAUGCUUUUUUUUCAGGCUGACCUUUCCUGGGCCUGGAUGCAGAUUAGCUUCUGGGAGGAGCUUUAUACUAGAGGAGUAGCCAGAGCAGAGCCACCCUCCCUCUUCCUCCAUGGGUGUUGCAUACGCAGCUCAGACUAAAGUCCCCAGGGGAGGCUUUGAUCGUGGCCAGGUUAUAAAUGCUGACUUGGGAAAUGCCUUACAUGCAAUGCUGCUGAGGAGAAUCGCUGCAAACAAGCAGAAUGGCUUCCAACCAGUGACCCAAAGCCACGUCCCUCUCAGCAACCUGAUCUUUCAGCUUUGCUAUAUGUGGAUGGAUGAGGAUCUUUAUUUGCCAUGAGUUGAUUCUCCCCUAAAUAAGCCUCUUUGCUGCCAAGGUGAAGCUAGUCAUUAGAGAGCCAUCGUGGGAGGAGCUGAGCUCCUCAACACACAGGUUGACCCAUGCCCCUUCCUUUUUUACCACAGAAGGAGAGCUUUCAGCUCUUCCUGCACGUGGUCUCUCGAGGUCUUGAACCAUUUUUUUGUUACCUGUAGUCCUCCUUUCUCCUCAUUACCUGCAGUAGUUGCAGGGCUAGAGCUUCCAUUUGCCAAAUGCUUGCUGGAACCAGUCUACCUGUUGUGUCCAGUUUGUUAUUGCCUUCCUAGGAAAAGGAAAUUUCAUGCCUUCCUGUUGUGCACAUGGCCCUUUACCUGCUUCACAACUGUGCUGUGAUGGGGCCAGGUGUCUGGAGCCACCAGUGUGUGAUGCUGUUCGGGGUUACAGCAGAAUCGGGUUUCUACAGAAAUCCCAAGGGUUCAAAAUGACACAGGUCUGAGGCACCUUCAGAUGCAGCCCUCAAAAAGGUGAACCUUGACUCUGCAGGGCUGUAUCUGCAUUUGGGACUGCCUUAGCAGCCCCACUUCUGCUGAAGGUAUCCACCUCAGGGGUGGGCAGAGGGCAGAAACUUUUCCAUCCUGAUCAUGUAUGUCUGUUUAAAUGUGAACCUGCACCACACGGAGGGGCUGACUCCAGUGGUGUGGCCUUCCUUAGAUCCCUCCUUGCAGCGGGCAUUGCCAUGUGUGGUGACUGGGGCUUCCCAAGCUUCCUCUGGCAGCAGAUGGGUUCCCACCAUAUUAGGGCCUUGGUGAGGGUGACAGAGGGAGGGCCAGCCUGCUUUACUGCUGGGAAUCUGCUCUUCCUCAGAGCACGCCUUAGUUCGGAGGAAGGUGCAAAGUGAGAAACCCAGCUGCAUGCUCGCCUCUCUAACUCCAGGUGUGCAAAAAAGGAGGAAUUUAGGCUGGACCACAGCAGUUAUAAAAGAUCAAUCCAUUCAGCUCCAAAGCUUUGGGUAAAUUUGGCUGCAGGGCUUCAGUGAGACUCGGCUUUUAGCAGCAGUAUUUCAAGGGUUUUGCCGCCAGUCUAUUCCCUUUUCCCCAGUACCUUGGCUCCCUGCUCACAUUUGUUGGCAAAUACAUCACAUAUAAUGCUUUCCUGCCUUUCUCUUUCAGAAAAUAGCCUAUAAUUAAAUUUUUUAACCUGUC